AAAAGAUGAUGAAAUGCUGGUAAACCAUGCGACACGCUACGCUGAUGGACAUCCAUUGGCUUUUAAAGUGUUGGGUUCUUUCCUUCACUCCAAAAGCAUAGAUGAAUGGGAAAGUGCAUUAAAUAAAUUGAAAAUCAUUCCCAACAAGGACAUCCUAGAUGUGCUUAGAAUCAGUUAUGAGGGAUUAGAUAAAGGGGAGCAAAAUCUAUUUCGUGACAUUGCAUGUCUAAUUAAUCAGUCUUUUACUAGAGAAGAUGCAGAAAAGAUGUUAGAUGCAGGUGACUCCUUUGUGAAAAUUGGACUAACUGUUCUUAUUGAAAAAUCUUUAAUUGAAAGUUGUGAAAACAACGAGCUCUGGAUGCAUGAUUUACUGCGGUAAGUGGGUCAGACAAUUGUUCGUGACGAACACAGAGAACCUGGUAAACGUAGUCGAGUGUGGGAUGUUAAUGAUGUUUGCCAUGUCUUGGAAAGAAAUACGGGUACCGCAGGUGUUGAAGGCAUCUCAUUCAACAUGUCUAAAAUUAGUAGAGAUAUAAAAGUGUGCCGUGCAGCCUUCUCAGAGAUAUAUAAUCUACGAAUUCUCAAAAUUUAUUGUGAAAAGAAGUUCAAACUGUACCUUCCCCAAGGUCUUGGUUCUCGUCUUUCUGACAAUAUUCAUAACAAGAAGUUCAAACUUUACCUUCCUCAAGGUCUUGGCUCUUAUCUUUCUGAUAAGCUAUCAUAUCUUCAGUGGGAUUUAUACCCUUUAAAAUCUUUGCCAUCAAAGUUUUCUCCUGAAAAUCUAGUUGAACUGAUACUGCAUGGCAGCCAUGUACAAAAACUUUGGAAUCAUCAUGAAGUUAAGUCUCUUCCAAUGUUAAGGAGGAUCGAUCUUAGUUAUUCCCAGUUGCUUACUGAACUACCAGAUCUGUCACAUUCUCCAAAUCUGGAAAGUUUAAAUCUUGAAGGCUGUAAAAGCUUGGUUCAUGUGCUUUCAUCUCUUCCAAAUCUUGAGAAGCUUACUUAUCUAAAUUUGAAUGGUUGCUCCAAACUCAGAGAUCUUGAUGAUAUAUCAAAAAGUACACAGGGAUACUUGGAUGUUGCAAGGUUAGGAGGCAUAAAGAAUCUUUGGAAGAAUUUCACAUAUCUCAAAAGUUGCAUCCAAAGUUUUACAGGCAAUUUAUGUCUCUACUCAUCUCAGGAUCACAUUUCCCAAAAGUUUGCACCCAAUUUAAGAUGUUUACUUUUAUGUCACACAGCUAUAGAGACAGUGCCACCAUCAAUUGGGGAUCUCUCGGGUCUUGUGCAACUAAAAUUGUCUUUUUGCAGAAAAUUUAAAAGUCUUCCAUCAAGCAUUUAUCAUUUGAAAUCUCUUGAAUCAUUAAAUCUAUGUGGUUGUGAGAAACUGAAAACGUUUCCAGAAAUCUUAGAGCCCAUGAAACGCUUAAGAUUUCUUCAGUUAUCUUACUCAGGGAUUAAAGAGUUACCAGAGUCCAUUGUAAAUCUAGUAUCCCUCAUAAAUUUAGAUACAAGUGGUUGCAAGGAUCUUGAGUUUCUCCCCAACGGUCUAUGUAAUUUAAGGAACCUUAAGGCGAUAAGGCUUGGCUUCUGUUCAAAACUUCAAAAAUUGCCUUCCCUUCCACCAUCUUUGCAUGUUUUGUAUGUGAAUAAUUGUGAGAGACUGAAAUAUUUACCGGAGCUUCAAUCGCUAUGUAAGUUCUUGUCUGCAAGUGGCUGCACGUCACUGGAGAACAUUUCAAACUGGAGUGCCGCCCCACUAUUGGACCAUCUGUCCGAUAUCUUUGUUUAUACUGAUUAUAUUGAUUUUUACGGAUGUGAAAAAUUGGAUAGGAAUACACAUAACACCAUGAUAGCUGAUCGUGUAGUAAUUCAAAUUCUGGCUAGUAUAAAAUUUGGAAGUGACACGCCUUAUCAUAACUUUUGCUAUCCGGGAGAUGAAAUUCCAAAGUGGUUCAACCAUCAGACUUGUGGGACUUCAAUCAAUAAUAUUAUGCUUCCUCCAUAUUGGAAUAAUGACGACUUCUUGGCUUUGGCAAUCUGCAUUGUUUUUCAUUGGAAUAAAAUUGACAAAAAUAGAAUGUUAAUUACUAGUUGUACACUGAAGUUCAAAACCAUCGACGAUGGUAGUCUUUACAAAUAUCAUAAUUGUACUUUGUCCUCCAUGUUUAACCAGUUUAGUUCAGAUCACGUGCUCAUAUGGUAUGUAAAAAGACAGUCUUCGGAAUCUGGCCAAGAAAUGGAUGGACUAGAUUGGCCCACUACUUGUAGUAUUGAGGCUUCUUUCCAUGUCUGUCUUGCUUAUUAUGAGCAGAUUGGACGUUUCAUUUCGAAGCUCAGCAACUUAGGAAGUGAGUAUGGUGAGAUUAAGAAGUUUGGGGUUCGGUUUGUAUACAAACAAGACAUGGAGAGAUGUGAUGCAGAAACUGAAAGAAAGAAUAAGAGAAGCUUCAAUGAAUGUUGUGAAUCAAGUGCAAGUGAAGCUGUUGGCUCUCUUAAGGAAGAAGACGAUGAUGAAUCACAUUCUAAGAAACCCAAGCGUAUUUGACUGUUUUGUAGAUACAGAGCAACUGGAUAUUGAGGAACCGAGAAAAACAGAACAAUUAUGUGCUACAACUUCAAGACAUGCUUUGCUGCUACUUAUGAAAUCAUUGUUGGCUCUGAUGGAUAAGGAAUAAGCAAAUCAAAUCAUAUUCCGCCCAUGCUAAUGUAAGUC